CAGGCUGUGGUCUAUCUUGGUUUAGUUAAAAAUCUUCCUAGUCAGAUUUGUUUCCUCCCACAAUGUAUCAAUGCUAACUGUUUUUGUCUAGGGACAGGUUUAGGAGAUCAGUGGCAGUGCGCAUGUGGUUGUGGAUGAUUCAGCGAGAGUCGAGUCCAGUGAGCAGAGCAACUGAGAGCACUUGACAGCGGCGAGCUUAGCAACACUAGCUAGCUACUGAACAAGCGAAACAAGCGUUUUUUCGGACAAUGAAUAUUUGACAAGAAAUUUGAAUGAACAAAUGACCACUAGGAGAGAGGCGAUGACAAAACCUUGAUGCUUUGGUGGACCAUACUUAGCCAUACGCCUGGCUGAAGAAAAUAAAAACAUCUGCUUCAGGGAAAGGUGUUAAUCUUACUUGACAACUAGCCAUAAUGUUUUGGAUUUGACUUGCUCAGUCAUCAAUAUGGUGCUUUCAUAUCAAGCAGUGUUUGUAAGGUCAUUUAACUGAACAUUUUUUUUUAGGUAACUAGCUAGCUAGCCAGGCUACUGCUUGCUUGAAUUUGCUAGCUAGCUUACUAGCCAACGUUAGCAAUUGGACCUGCACUUGGUAUUCAAUCAAACCAGCCGAUUCAGUCGUCAAUUCAGGAAUUUGCGGUCGUGCAUGUUAAUGCAUCAUCAUCUGUUUCAAUAGCUCUGCCAGCCCAGCACACCCAUGAUCCAGCAGGCAGCUGAUGGAAGAUCCGGUUCCCAACUUGCCCACCAUGGUCUCCAGGCUGCCCAAGUUUGGCUCGCGCCCCACGGCUGUGGCUGCCACCGCCCCACUGACCAAUGGGACCCGCCACCACCCUGCCUCCAGCACCACGGGCAAAGGGUUACCCACUGCCACCACCAGGCAGAACGGAACAAUCCGGAUGUCCUCCUCCUUCUCUCUGAAGUGGAAGAAGGGGAAAGGGGGAUACCCUGUGGAGAGGGGGGGGGACUCAUGGGAGGAGGACAGAACUGGAGCUGGGCAUCAACCCCGACAACCGCAGCACUUACCAAUGGUGGUACGGGAGAUUAAGAAGCCGUCUAGCAUGCCUGCCACAGUUAAGGUACAGGGGUGUGCUUCCACCUGCCCCAGGACUAUACGCUCCAGAACUGGGUCUCGCGGGGCUGUCCCCAAACAGGCCUUGUCUGGACAGAGUCUCGGCAAUGGCAAAGCGGGUCUCAAAGGCCAGGCGGGUGGUGGUGGGCGGUCUGGGACCGGUUCAGUCAGGCGGGGCCAAAGCCGUGGUUCUCCCCACAGCAACCUGACCAGCAGCCUGUCCCAGUCCAGCGACAGCCUGGAGACGGCCACAGAGGAGAACAUGGUGCGGUCCCAGAGCCUCACCCACGUCAAGAGGAUCCCCUCCUCCACCGAGCCAACCAUCAUCCGCUCCUACUCCUUCAACAGGUCCUCAGAGCUGGCCAAGGAGCUGCCCAGGCCUCUAGCCAAGUCCCCGCUGGUCAAGACAUCUCCCCUGGCCAGACCAACCCCUGUGCUGAGUAGUGGGGGGAGAGGAAAAGGCCUACAUCUUAGUAAGUGUGGACCUAGACCAGUGCCAGGCAGGGCUGGGUUGGAAACAACUAGCUGCAUCUUGCCACCCAUCACACUGAGGAAGUCCUUACUACCUAGUUCAGCCUCCUCCACCACCAAGUCUUCGGCCCUCAGCUACAGGCUUACACGACCCUCCCUCAUCAAGCAGCCUUACCUUGUCCUGGCCCCCACCUCCCAGAAGGUCCAUGGCAACAGAAAGGAAAGCGAGGGGAGGAGGAACUCUGUGGAGGUGCCCGCUGUCACCCCAGACCUGACCAGCAUCACUGACAGCCCAGGGAGUACCCUAGAGGAGCCUGUGGCCCCCAGUGGAGUCCAUCCCCUGGGAGAAGGCCUGGAGGACAUGUCACUCUCCUCCACCUCCUCCCUGGAGCUCAACGACACCAGCGAGGAGUACAUGGACGAUUUUGACAACCUGGGAAAUGGAGGAGAAUGCAUUCUGCUGCUCCCGGCCCAGAACGGAAGGCUCGAUCAAUCACAGCCUGACUUGGAUGAUGACAACGCAGACGUCAACCGACGGCACGGUGGAACCUCCAUGACUGGCCUUCACAGCUUCCUGUCUGACAGUGUGGACUGGGCCAGGAUGGGACUCACUGGGGGGUUGUCUCGGCGUACUAGCCAGGCCCUGUCUGGGGGUGCAGAAUACCCCCUUGGCUCAUCUCUGGACCUGUCCCCCUCAGACUCUGGCUCGGGGGGGACCUACAUGUGGGACGAGGAGGGUCUGGAGGCCCUUGGGACCAUCACACACCCCUGUGGGAGUUACGACUCAGACCUCAACAGCAUGGACAUACUCAACAACCUGGACAACCUGGAGUCUGGGUGUGACCUGGAUGACGAUGACCUCAUGCUGGAAGAUGACCUCCCUGCGCAUGGCUCCUUGCACAGUGAUACUGAUGGGAUGUCCCAUCUGACCCACUGGAGAAGACAGCUCUGUUGGAAUGCAGAGGAUCACCUCCACAAUGACAACCGUAGUGACGUUGGGUUCCAGCCGGAUGAUGGGUACCAGGGCACAGGCUUGUCAGGUCUUCAUCAGGCUGUGGAGCUGGACGAGCUGACUCUGAAACACAUGGCGGAGGACUGCUGCUCUGUCAAGACCCAGCUAGAACACCUGAAGCUACUGCUGCAGGUGGAGGUUGGUAGUGAGAUGGACAACACUCUGGAUACAUUGAGUCCAGAAUCCAGAGAGGACCCCAUUCGAGCUCGACAGGUGGAGGAGCUGUUGAAGGAGGUGCAGGAGCUGAGAGAGGAGCUGAGAAGUAAAGAUAGGAUCAUUGCUCAGCUCACCAAGCAUGUGGCUGUUCCUGUCGAGCCCACGAGAUGCCACUGCCAGCAGCACAGGGAUGUGGAAAGUGUGACGGUGACCUACCAUGACAAGGCCACACAGACUCCACCGUGGAGGGGACAUGCUCCUCAAAUACUACAGCCUUCCAGGCCAUGGCCCAACAGCGUGCAGCAACCUCAACCCCAGGAAAGACUAACAAGCUCAGCCCACACCGAGGCCCCCCGAGACUCCUCCAACCCAGGCUGUGGGGACCCGGCCAAAAUGAUUCCUGCCCCUAGCCUCCCGCAGUCCCCCGGCUCUCUGAAAACAGCCUCCAUCCCUAAAAGGCCACAGGAAGGCCCCAUAACCAACUCCACCCAGGCGUCCAUGGCAGGCUUCCCCAGGGUGGUGAGAGGAAUCCAGUUUAGGAGCAGUCUCAGGCCGGGCUUCACAACUCCACAGUCCAGGCUGCUCCCACCUCUCUUCAGAGGUCUGCCCUGCUACAGCUCCACGAACCAGGCCUCUGCCUCCUCCCAGAGCCCUGCACUGUCGGCCUGCCCCCGGACCAAAGCACCCAGACAGACUCCAGGCCUCAGAGAACCAGAGAUUGGCGGGCUCAAGGCCAGAGGUCUAGUCCAUCCCAGCCUCUUACGACAUCCCAAGCCAAAGAGCCACUGACUGCUAUCUCUCAACUCUCAAACAUUGCCAUGUAGCAAGACCACUCAGCCCCACUUUCUACCCAUUCAAACCCAAAAGAUCUGACUUCUUCUAAAGGCUUCCAGGCCUCACCUCAGCAAGGUUACCGUGUCUACCCUGUAAGAAUGGAAGACUUGUAGAUUAUAUAACAAACUAGGUGGUUCAAGCCCUGAAUGCUGAUUGGCUGACAGCCGUGGUAUAUUAGACCGUAUACCACAGGUAUGACAAAACAUUUGUUUUUACUGUUCUAAUUACGUUGGUAACCAGUUUAUAAUAGCAAUAAGGCACUUCGGGGGUUCGUGGUAUAUUUCCAAUAUACCACGGCUAAGGGCUGUGGACAGGCACCCCGUGUUAAAUUGUGCUUAAGAACAACCCUUAGCCGUGGUAUAUUGGCCAUAUACCACACCUCCUCGGGCCUUAUUGCGUAAAUAAAUAUAUGACCCCACAGACUAUUUUAGCUAGCCUGCUGCGCUUCCAGUAAGGCUCACUCAAGGUCCGAAAUAAAAUUGACCCGUGUACAUUUGGUAUCUGCCUUAUACAAAGGCGUCAAGCAUAACACAAUAAUUGUUUUUCCCCUCCAAAAGCACGCUUCAGUACAAUCUAUCAAAUCAAAUCAAAUUGUAGACCUUACCGUGAAAUGCUUACUUACAAGCCCUGUACAGAGUGCAGUCUAGAUCAGUUAAAUGCACAUAUUGUUUGUGUGAAAUGUUGUUUCAAAGUGUGAACUUUCAGGAUGCUUGACACUUACAGUCCCUCCAGAACUUUUACUCUCUGGCCAAAACGUGUCCCAGAUGAUGGUUCCUCAUGCAUACGUACACCACAACAUAUCCCAGAUGAUGGUUCCUCAUGCGUACGUACACCAAAACAUAUCCCAGAUGAUGGUUCCUCAUGCGUACGUACACCAAAACAUAUCCCAGAUGAUGGUUCCUCAUGCGUACGUACACCACAACAUAUCCCAGAUGAUGGUUCCUCAUGCGUACGUACACCAAAACAUAUCCCAGAUGAUGGUUCCUCAUGCAUACGUACACCAAAACAUAUCCCAGAUGAUGGUUCCUCAUGCAUACGUACACCAAAACAUAUCCCAGAUGAUGGUUCCUCAUGCAUACGUACACCAAAACAUAUCCCAGAUGAUGGUUCUGUGUGCGUAGAUACACCAAAACAUAUCCCAGAUGAUGGUUCUGCGUGCGUAGAUACACCAAAACAUAUCCCAGAUGAUGGUUCCUCAUGCAUACGUACACCACAACAUAUCCCAGAUGAUGGUUCCUCAUGCAUACGUACACCAAAACAUAUCCCAGAUGAU